GGCGCACGGCGCGAGGAGGCGGGCGCGAGGAGGCGGGCACGUGGAGGCGAGCGCGAGGCGGGGCGCGGCGCGCGGCGUGAGAGGGGGCGGGGCGCGCGUAUCGGCGCCGCGGUCGCGUGACGCGUUUUCAAAUCUUCAACCGCCGCAGCCCACUCUGUGCGUUACCCGUUCCUCCUCCGCGCCGUGAAGCCGGAUCUGGCCCCGGAAACCCGGCCGGCAGUCGCGGCAUCUCUCCUGCGUGGGUGUGGUAGUCGGAGAGGAACAGUGUUUUCGCGACUGCCGGACGCGACACCCUCACUGGACCCAGCAUGUAGGUGCCGGGCGGCUGCUAUGAACUCCGGAGCCAUGAGGAUCCACAGCAAAGGACAUUUCCAGGGUGGAAUUCAAGUCAAAAAUGAAAAAAACAGACCAUCUUUGAAAUUUCUGAAAACUGAUAACAAACCAGAAAAAUCCAAAUAUAAGCCACUUUGGGGAAAAGUAUUUUACAUUGAUUUACCUUCUGUCACCAUAUCUGAAAAACUGCAAAAGGACAUAAAGGAUCUGGGAGGGCGAGUUGAAGAAUUUCUGAGCAAAGAUAUCAGUUAUCUUAUUUCAAAUAAAAAGGAAGCUAAAUUUGCACAAACCUUGGGACGAAUUUCUCCUGUACCAAGUCCAGAAUCUGCAUAUACUGCAGAAACUACUUCACCUCAUCCCAGCCAUGAUGGAAGUUCAUUUAAGUCUCCAGAUUCAGUGUGUUUGAGCAGAGGAAAAUUAUUAGUUGAAAAAGCUAUCAAGGACCAUGAUUUUAUUCCUUCAAAUAGUAUUUUAUCAAAUGCCUUAUCAUGGGGGGUAAAAAUUCUUCAUAUCGAUGACAUUAGAUACUACAUUGAACAAAAGAAAAAAGAAUUGUAUUUACUCAAGAAAUCAAGCACUUCUGUAAGAGAUGUGGGGAAAAGAGUAGGUAUUGGUACACAGAAAGCAAGAACAGGUAGACUCAAAAAGCCUUUUGUAAAAGUUGAAGAUAUGGGCCAACUGUAUAGGCCAUUUUAUCUUCAGCUGACCAAUAUGCCUUUCAUAAAUUAUUCUGUUCAGAAGCCCUCCAGUCCAUUUGAUGUAGAUAAGCCAUCUAGCAUCCAAAAGCAAACUCAGGUUAAACUAAGAAUCCAAACAGAUGGGGAUAAAUGUGGUGGAAUCCCAAUUCAACUCCAAUUGAAAGAGAAGAAAAAAAAGGGAUAUUGUGAAUGCUGCUUGCAGAAAUAUGAAGAUCUCGAAACUGUAAAUCAUCUACUAAGUGAGCAACACAGAAACUUUGCACAGAGUAAUCACUAUCAAGUUGUUGAUGAUAUCGUAUCUAAGUUAGUUUUUGACUUUGUGGAAUAUGAAAGGGACAUGCCUAAAAAGAAAAGAAUAAAAUACAGUGUUGGAUCCCUUUCUCCUAUUACUCCAAAUGUCUUGAAAAAGUCUCAGCCAAAAGAAAAACUAGAAUUACAACAUAUUUCUCAGAAAGACUUCAGGGAAAAUAAUGUACAGGUGAUCGAGCAGAGUUUCUUAUAUAAAGAAACUAAGGAACUUGAACAAAAGUUUGUGUUUAUUUCAGAAUGCAUCCCCUAUCCUUCAAGUGAAUUGCGAGGACUUCAUGAGAAAACAACUGAUAAAUGUUCCGUGUUAAAUCCAGCCGAGAAUGACAUAAAAGACAAUUUUACACAUCUGCCUCUACAUAAAAAUAAACAGGGAUACAUUCUUGAUGUUUCUGAACAAAAAUUAAUUAUAAAUGAAGAUGAGUUAGAACUAAAGGUAGAUCACUGUCCAUUUAAGCUACAGGCAUCUAUACAAGUUGCUAAUUUCAAUAUGGAUAAUAGUGCAUCUCAACCAAAACAAAAGUCAGAUACUGUGCUUUUUCCAGCAAAGGAUCUAAAGGAAAAGGACCAUCAUUCAGUAUUUGGUCAUGAGUCUGGUCUGUUAGCAAUAAACAGUUCACAGGAGCACCUAACAGUUCAGGCAAAGACUGUGUCCCGAAGUCCUCCUGAGGAACCCAGAGAAUGUGACAUCAAGAAUAUCGAUAGUUUACCUUCUGGUAAAAUCCACCGGAAAGUGAAGAUAUUAUUAGGAAGAAAUAAGAAAGAAAAUCUGGAACCAAACGUGGAAUUAGAUAAGAAAAGAACUGAAUUUCUUAUUACACAAGAAGAAAAGAGAAUUUGUAGUUCACCAGUACAAUCUCUACUAGACUUAUUUCAAACUAGUGAAGAGAAGUCAGAAUUUUUGGGUUUCACAAGCUACACUGAAAACAGUGGUAUAUGUGAUGUUUUAGAUAUUUGGGAAGAGGAAAAUUCAAAUAAUCUGUUGUCAGUGUUUUUCUCUUCCCCUUCAACUUCUACAUUUACUGGCUUUUAGACUUAAAAAAAAAAAACUUUCAGAAGUGAUUAAAGAUCAUAUUCUUGAAGUUUUUAUAAAUAUAUAUAAAAUUCUUAGGGUUUUUUGCCAACUUUGUUUACAGAGCCAAAUGUAAAUAUUAGCAAUAAAGGUGACGUUUGCAUUUUUCUACAGAAUUGCAUACUUAUUAAAUAGAAAAAUUGUACAAUAAACUUGUGGUUCAUCUUACUUUACAUAUUAUGUUCAUAAUUGUUUUUUAAAAAUUAUUGUGAAUAAGUUUGCUUUGUGUCACAAAGUGCUCUCAAGUGAAAUUUGAGUAUGUCAAAAUUUAGCAUUAUAAAUUUAGGCUUUCUCGUUAUAGCUAUUGUCUGUUAAAAUAGAUUCCUAUAAAAACAUGACAGUAUUGCUUUUAAAAGCCUAAAUUUCAUACAGAAAGGAAAAAAACAUUAAUUUCUAUGUUUGGGUUCUGGAAGUUAUUACCAGAAACAUUGACACUUCAAGCUGACCUAAUUGGACCAUGCUACUAUGUUGGCACUGGGGAGUUAGGUUAUUUGCAGGGGUAAAUGGAAGCCAUGAAGGAAAAACUUAACCAGGCUCCCGUAUGAAAUAAAAUAAUUUCUCCACUGUUUUCCUUUACCUUUGGAAAUAACUUCUUCCAAUUCAGUAUCAGGAAAUGAAAGAGAAGGAAUAGCAUUGAACAAUAUAAGUUUUGAAACAUGAGAAUCACCUUUGAUUAGGCACUUGACUCAAUAAUUUAGAGAAAAUUCAAUAUUAGAAAAAUUUCAACUCUUAUCUGUAGAUACCAGAGGCAUUUACACUGACAUUUUUUGCACAGUGAAAAUUCGUGCCACUCAAUAAUGUAUGAAUACAUUGUCACUAAAAGUUAAAUUUGAUUACCAGUCUUAAUUUUUUGAAUCCUGUGUGACUCUAAUAUAUUAGUUCCUAUGCUUUGAUGUGUAUAUUAUUUUGACCAUUUGGACAAUAUCAUGAGAAAUACUGGCUUCUCAGCAACUUAAUUAUUCAUACCAGUACCUUAAUUUAAGUAGGAUCACUGAAAUAUCCCUAACGGUGCAUACAUGCAAACCUUAUUUCCAUUGUAAAUUUAAUACUGUAGCAUUUUCUGUCACAAAUGCAUGUGUGUAUCUGAAUUUGUCAGGUUUUAUAGAUAGCCUUCUAAAAGCCUAGAUGAAACUUUGAAAAUUACUUGUAGAAGGUUUUUUUCUGUUUAGUAUUACCUGUAUUCCCCAAAAUUUACUAAAUAAUUAAAAGGUAUUUAAACUUGCUCUGUCAUCCUUGGACUUCAGAGUGACAGUCUCCGAUUUGCAGUGACAUUGCCCUCAAAAUGAUUUGGAGUUAUGUUGCCUUAGUUGUAUUUAAUAAGGAGGAAAAGCCUCAAGCUGAACACCUCCAGUAGUUAAAAGUUGUUAAACUUUAUUUUGACACUAUUUUUGAACUGUUAUUUAGAACAUUGGACUUUUAAAACACACUCUCCUAAGAUCUUCAUAAUGAGUACUCUACUUUUUAAAAAAUGCUUAAGUUCCAGUUUAUUUGAAACCUUACUAUAAAUUAUAGCAGGACCACCACAUAGAGUUUGUGUGGGUUGUGCUGUGCAGAUGGGCACCCAGUAAAGGGAAGGAGGGCAGGUAGGAAUCCAGCCUGCAAUCUGCAACAAGUAGUGUGCCUGGCAAGGAGGUUGCAUCCAUGUAGAGAUAGGAAUACUUGUUCCUAUUUUUUGUCAAGGCACGGCCACCUGGCAAGGUGCCUUUGGGGUUGUGUCUACCCAGAGAGGGUGUUUUGUUGUUUUAAUUCUUUAACAGCAGUUAAUUGUGGUUUGGUUCCCAGAUACUGUACAAAAGGACACUUAAUCUUUAAUAUACCAAGGCACCUUCCCAAGUAGGAAUCUUCAAAGAUCCUCAGCAGGGAAGAUUAGAAGACUCAUGGUUUGCUUGAAAGUGACAUGGUUUGCCAAAAGUAUCUAGACAGACAAAUCGCAGCAAGCACAUGUAGGUUGAAUUUUUUGAUAUCAAGAGCAGUGAAGUUGAAAGGUGACAGGAAAGAAAAUAGGCAACCUAAUUAACCUUAAACUAAGGGCAACAGACUAGCAUUCAAAGUUGGUGGCUCUAUUUUUCCAGUAAGUAGAUAAACAGCAGUGAAGACAAUGUGCUUUUGUGACUCAAAAUGAAUGUUUAUUUUUCUAAGAUGACAAGCAAUUGUAGCAAACUAUUUUACACAAGUCAAUAGAAUCUUGUAAAUGGUUUUUGAAGCCAAUGACUGCAUGCAUAGAUUAGUAUAUCUAUUAAAAUAACUUAUGAAAUCAUAUAUAGAUGUUAUUCUAAUGUGUGUUGAUUUAUAGAGACCCCUGAUGAAUGUCAAGACAAAAUACACCUACCUUUAAAAGAGGAACGAAAAACAGGAUUACGUGUGUAAAACUUUCGUAUAAAACGAGUGAACUUGAAUCCUGAUUUCUGGAAACGUGGGGCAUAUUUUAUGUUAGAUGAGAAUUUAGGUGCAUGGGUUUUUUUAAGCACUUUGGUGCUAGGAUGGAUGUGUAAUUAAUACUAGACUGCUAUCUAAAGAAUAUAUUAAAGUAAUAAAUGCUAUAUUUAAGUAUAAAUUUCUGUAAAUGUAGUUUCCAUUAAUGUGAGACCAAAGAAAGUUAUACUAAAGUUUUCAGUCAGGAAUCAUUCCAAUGCUAUGUUUUAUUAAUAGAGUGAAAUAUAAGGAUGACAGGCCUCUUACAUAGGAGAUGGGAAGGUUUUUAGACAUGAUAAUGAAUGCAACGUAAACCCUCACUGGGUAGCUGGAUCUUUAAUGAUAAAUAUGGGAUUGCCAUGUUAAAAUGUCUAAAGAAUGCUGGUCACAGCGUUGCUCAAGAGAUACUAAUUACCUUAUAUGACAGCCACGAUAGACUUGCAGGCUUUGAAGUCUGUGCCGUGACCAACAAUGCAAUACAUGAGCCGUGUGCUGUGAUUACGUUGUCAUGGAGGGUAGGGGUGGGCACUGGUGAGAAGGAAUGGGGUGCUACAAAGACAAUUAGAUCAAAAGAAAGCAGUUUAGCCUUUUAGCUACAUUGGUUAGAGGGAAUGUUUAAUGAUGUUACACAAAAAGUAGUAUGGCAUCCAUGUUUUCACAAAUUCCAACCAAGAAGUUGCCCUUUCUGCAUAAAGCAGCAGUAUAUGCCCACCUAUUUACCUGGGCAGACUAGUAAUUGUGCACAACUAGUGUUAAAAAGCAGAACUUAGGCCCUUGCAAACAAGGGCCAUUAAUUAGCAUUAAUUUUGUAGGCAAUAUUAAAGGGAAGGAGCCUCCUUAAAAUCCCAUGCAAAAAUGAAAAAAAGGAAAAUCUAGAAAGAGCUCUGGGCAAUUAAAGAUGCAAAAAUAAUUUGUCAGCAAAAUGUAUUACUCAAGAAAAAGAUGCCAGUUUUCAACACUGGGAGAAUAGCAUGUAACAAAAAGAUAAUACUUGAACAAUAAGAAACCAAGAACCAGACUGAGACAUAUACAUACGCAAACAUAUAUAAUGAAGUCACAAUUCCUUCGUGAAAAAAUAAGUCAAAAUUAUCAAAGUUCCUGUAUAUUAAUUUUACUUGAUUGUGCUUUAGUGGAUAGUAAAUUGCAUUUAGCUUUGGUACUGUCAUGUAAGUUCAGUCAUCAAUAAUUCUGCUGACUUCUUCAAAUCUCAAGUGCUUAAAUGAUUAUUAGGAAUAGGUGAACUCUGUCAAAUUAUCAGAUGUAGUAAAACCAAGAAGGCAGCUUCUAUAGAAGUUUCCUUUAAGAAAGCUUUAUUUUUGGUUUAUUUUAAAAAAUCACUCCUAACUGCAAAAAUUGUGUUACAUAAUAUACAUAUGCUACUCUACUAAUAUCUAAAUUUUAAUCAUACAUAAGAAAAUUUUAAAGGAUAAAGUAAGUAUAUGCAAUAUUUUUGAAAUGUUUUGUCUUACUAAUGGUACCAAACCCUUUUUGCUCCCACCGGAAGUAUGCUGUUAAAUGUUUUACAAAGAGUUAAAGGAAGUGGAUAAAGUAAGGAACUGGUUGACCAGGUGUUU